CGGAGCACCUGACGACCCAGGACGCGGGUGCCCACCAGAGGGCGCGAGGAGCCCGCCAUGCUUCACUGUGUCCACAAGGAGGCGCUGCCGCCCGCCUCUGGCCGUCGCGGGAUGGGAAGUCCUGCCCGUGGACGAGCCGCGCCUGGUUGGGAGAGGCGACCGCGAGGCUCUUUACACAAUCUUGAAAGGGCCCCGCUGAAUGGCCAGAGUGUAAAAGCCGAAUGUGAAACGAAACCUCUGAUUGGCUGGAAAUUUCCCCUCGCUCCGCGUCCGCAUCCCGACCCGGUUGGACCCCGAGGUCAGUCGGCAAGCCGCGGGUGAGUGGCGCGAGAGGACUCGGGUGCCGGGGCGGUGGGCACUGCGGGCUGAGUGCGGGCCGGGCCGGAGGCCGCACCGCCCGCCUCUGACUCCUCUCUUGCCGCCGGGUCGCCUGCCCCGGAGUUGAUGGACACUUGAGAGGGUGCAUCUGGGGAUCUGUGUGGCGUUGCGACCGUGGCCUCUCCGUGCACCCCGGUUCUGGCCACCCUGGACCCAGCCACGCUGCCCUGAGCUAGGGAAAGGAAUCUCCCUGGGCUGCAGCGCCGGGCCCCGCGGGUGUCCAUCUCGGGCCGCUGAGGAGCUGAGUUCGCCCCGCUCUGAAAAGCGGGGUGUCCGGCUGGACCCGGAGGCCUGUCCCCGCCGAGGCUCGGAGCAGCAUGGGCACCAAAGACGAGGACCCGGGGCCGGACUACCAUAAGCAGUUCCACGCUGCUGUCAGUGUCAUUCAGAACCUGCCAAAGAACGGCUCUUACCGCCCAUCCUAUGAGGAGAUGCUGAGAUUCUACAGCUACUACAAGCAGGCUACCAUGGGUCCCUGUGCAGUCCCCCGGCCUGGGUUCUGGGACCCCAUUGGACGAUACAAGUGGGAUGCCUGGAACAGCCUGGGCAAGAUGAGCCGGGAGGAGGCCAUGGCCGCCUACAUCGCUGAGAUGAAGCUGGUGGCCCAGAAGGUGAUAGACACUGUGCCCCUGGGCGACAUGGCAGAGGACAUGUUUGGCUACUUCGAGCCCCUGUACCAAGUGAUCCCCGAUAUGCCAAGGCCGCCAGACACCUUUCUUAGAAGAGUCGCAGGCCGGAAGGAGCAGGUCCUAAAUGGAGAGGUGGGGGCUGUCUCAGUGUCUCCUGCCCCACCCAAGGAACCAGCACCUCCAGGCCCAGAGGCUCGGUCACCCGGAGACCUGGACCCUGAGAUCUUCUGUGACUCCCUGGAACAGCUGGAGCAGCUGGAGCAGCUGGAGCCUGAGCUGGUGUGCCGGGAGCUGAAGGGAGCCAUUGGAGGAGAGGACAGCGCUGCCACCGCCCUGAAACACAGCCUGGAUACCACCAGAGAGCAAGAGGGGCUGGGGGGCACCCUGCUGGGGCCCCAGGAGCUGGACUCAUGGCUGGUGGGGACAGUACGAGCACUGCAGGAGAACAUGCGGGACGUCCAGGGCAGGCUGCAGAGCCUGGAGCACUUGCCCCUGGCCCCGGAGCAGCAGAGGUCCCGGCCCAGGGCUCGCCCGUGGCCCCUGAGGCUCUCAGCUCCCACGCUGCUAUUCUUCCUCCUGUGGCCCUUCGUCGUCCAGUGGCUCUACCGACAGUUUCGAACUCUGAAAAGGUGAUUCUUGAGACGUGGGGGGGCUCAGCCAGCCUAGGGGUCCCUCUCCUGGGGGCCCAGGCUUUCUGAAGCUCCAUGAGAAACGGCAGUAAAAGUGCCCCGCCCACCACUGUCUGCCUUGGCACCGCCUGCACACAAUGAGGGGGGCCCUAAGA